AUGAGGCUGUGGAUGAGCGUCCCCCCCCAGCACAACCGGCUCUUGGCACCGCAGCCGGGUCGUCACUGUGGGAAUGGACUCACAGCCCCGAUCCCCAGGAAAAGCCGGGGCCUCCCCGGCCACCGCUGGGGUUUGUCACCCGCAGGGCAGGACGAGCAGGCGGCCGCUGGAGGAGGAUCCAUCCGGCCGCAGGUCGUCGUGAGCGUCUACGGGCCCGACGUGUUCGGGAACGACGUGGUGAGGGGCUACGGGGCCGUGCACGUGCCCAUCGAGCCGGGCAGGCAUAUAAGAACCCUUCCGAUGUUUGUUCCAGAGUCUACGUCUAGGCUGCAGAGGUUCACAAGCUGGUUCACGGGGAGGCGUCCAGAAUUCACCGACCCGCGAGUGGUGGCGCAGGGAGAGGGCAGAGAAGUGACGAGAGUGCGAUCUCAAGGCUUUGUGACCAUCUCCUUCAAUGUAGUGACCAAAGAUAUGACGAAGCUGGGCUACGAGGUCACCCCAAGUGACAUGGAGAACCAUUCUCUGGUGUCUGUCACGGAAGGGAUUCAUAAUUAUUAA